GAUAAGCCUUUGUGAGGGCACAGGAGUCGGUUAGGCAGUGAUGCGAUCUGUAGGACUCCUGUUAUGUGCGGCAUCGGUGCAGAGCUUCGCGCCGCCAGCGCUGCGAAGCUUUGUUAGGCCCGGAGAGCAUGGCUGCCGCACCACAGCCAUCCGUGCAAAAGAAAACGGAGGCGGCGGCGCCAGUGAGCUCACGCGCGAAGGUAAACUCAUCGUGAGCAUACUCAUCGACCUCAUCGGAAUGUCGACGUACUUGCUACCCGUCGCGGGCGAGGGGGCGGACGUCGGUUGGGCGCCCGUAUCCGCGGCGCUCAUCUUCUGGCUCUACGGCUCUGGCAUCUUCGCAGCGGCGGGCUUCGCGGAGGAGAUUCUGCCCGGACUUGAUUUCGUGCCGACGGCGACGAUCGCGUCUAUCCGUGCGGAAAUCAUCGCGUCGACCGCCACGCCAUUGACGACGUGGCUCAGUGGCGAUGUCCACACAGGCCUGGUUCCUCACCCAAAGCGACGCGGGCCAGCGGAUAGGCGAGAAGGUAACGCCCGAGGCCGCACCGAAAAGGAAAGCAGAGGACCUCCGCGACGGCGCGAUCGAUGUGUAAUGUAGUAGUAGUAGACAAAAAA